AGUGAUAGGCUUGUCUUACAUUCCCACAUCUCGAAAGAUGGUUCUUCAGCUUGCUGCAUUGCUAAUGGCAACCAUAUUUGGCGGCAUUCAUUGUGCGGCUUGGUUUUUUUCCUUCCCCACAUACCAAGAACAGAUGCUAUGGCGCAUAAGUGCCGUCGGUAUAACUUUCACACCCUGGGUUUGUUUUCUUCCGAAAUUCAUACCCGAUUCAUUACUGGGGGUCGUGGGGUUUGUAUUUGGCCUGAUGUGUAUGGUAUCUGUCAUAUUGUACAUCGCAGUUCGUGCCGUCCUCUUGGUACUUAUGUUCACCACUUUACGCAAUCUUCCUUCUGAUGCAUACAAGGCGGUGUUGUGGACUAAUCUAGUGCCGCACUUAUAAUUCUUGAUCACGGUAUUUGUGAUACACUUCAUACUUUUGUAAUGAUAUUCAGAUGGCAGCAAUAUUGUUGCACUUGUGGUGCUAUGUAGGUACAUGACGCGAUCACAUGACCUGCAGGUCUGCGAACCGAGUAUAGCGCGCGGACGCACUGAUUCCCGACUCCACCAACCACUUCAACCUUUCCAUUAAGUCGAUCACGUUUUGUAAACCAUUUAUUAAAAUUUCAAUCCGUUCACCAUGGCUUGCCAACUUUGACCCCACACCUGCAAACUUCAUAAAAUAACAUUCCUCCAUCAUGUCAACCAGCCAUCAACUUCGCCAAGAGCGAUACACGUAGUUUA